ACCAUGUUCUCCCUCAAGCCGCCGAAGCCCACCUUCAAGUCGUACCUCCUGCCGCUGCCUCAGUCUGAAGACCAUAUAACUGCAGAACCCAGGAUUAAAAAACUGGAACCAAUUCUUUUGCCAGGUGAAAUUGUGGUAAAUGAAGUCAAUUUUGUGAGAAAAUGCAUUGCAACAGAUACAAGUCAAUAUGACCUGUGGGGCAAAUUGGUUUGCACUAACUUCAAGAUUUCCUUUAUUACAGAUGACCCAAUGCCACUACAGAAAUUCCAUUAUAAAAACCUCCUUCUUGGUGAACAUGAUGUCCCACUAACAUGCAUUGAGCAGAUUGUCACAGUGAAUGACACCAAGAGGAAACAGAAGGUUCUUGGUCCCAACCAAAAACUUAAAUUUAAUCCAACUGAAUUAAUCAUUUAUUGCAAAGACUUCCGUAUUGUCAGAUUUCGUUUCGAUGAAGCAGGUCCUGAAAGUGCAAAAAAGGUGUGCCUUGCAAUAGCUCAUUAUUCGCAGCCAACGGAUCUUCAGCUUCUCUUUGCAUUUGAGUAUGUUGGAGAAAUAUAUCACAAUCCAGCAAAGAAGGUGAAUGGAAUAGACCCAGGAGGUGGUGGUGGUGGCAGUAUUGGCAGUGCCAGUGGUCAGCAGACACCUUUGUUUGAAACUUACUCUGACUGGGACAGAGAAAUCAAAAGGACAGGUGCAUCAGAGUGGAGAGUUUGUUCAGUCAACGAAGGUUAUAUGAUAUCUACUUGUCUCCCAGAAUACUUUGUGGUCCCAUCUUCCUUAGCAGAUCAAGACCUUAAGCUAUACUCCUACUCUUUUAUUGGGAGACGAAUGCCAGUAUGGUCCUGGAAUCAUCCUAAUGGGAGUGCCCUUGUAAGAAUGGCCAAUAUUAAAGAUGUAUUGCAGCAAAGAAAAAUUGAUCAAAGGAUUUGUAAUGCAAUAACUCGAAGCCAUCCCCUGAGAAGUGAUAUUUUCAAAUCUGAUCUGGACAAGUGUCUCCCCAGCAUCCAGGAAAUCCAGGCGGCACAUAUCAAACUCAAACAGCUGUGUGUUAAUGAGCCCUUUGAAGAAACAGAAGAGAAGUGGCUAUCUUCACUGGAAAAUACUCGCUGGUUAGAGUAUAUCAGAUCAUUUCUUAAGCAUUCUGCUGAGCUUGUAUAUAUGAUGGAGUGUAAGCAUGUUUCUGUAGUUCUACAAGAGGAAGAAGGACGGGACCUGAGCUGUCUUGCUGCUUCUCUCAUUCAAAUCAUGCUGGAUCCCUAUUUUCGAACAAUUGUUGGAUUUCAAAGCUUGAUACAGAAGGAAUGGGUCAUGGCAGGAUACCAGUUUUUGGAUAGGUGUAACCACUUAAAAAGAUCUGACAAAGAGUCCCCUUUGUUCUUGAUGUUUCUCGACUGUGUUUGGCAGCUGCUAGAACAAUACCCAGCAGCCUUUGAGUUUUCUGAAAUGUACUUGACCAUAUUGUACGACAGUGCACGGAUCUCAUUGUUUGGCACUUUCCUCUUCAAUUGUCCCCACCAACGAGUAAAGGAAAGCACUGAAUUUGCCAUAAGCAAAAACAUUCAGCUGGGUGAUGAGAAAGGCCUCAGAUUUCCUUGUGUUUGGGACUGGUCUCUUCAGUUUACAAGCAGGGAUCGCCUGCUUUUUCACAACCCCUUGUAUAUUGGGAAGAGCGCACCAUGUGUACAAAAUGGAGCAGUGAAAACUUUUAAACGCUCAAAGAAAAACUACAGCUCAACUUUGCGAGGUGUGCCCCCUGCAUUAAAAAAUGGAAUCAUCAGUGACCAGGAGUUCCUUCCAAGAAGAAACUCUCUGAUACUAAAACUGAAACCAGACUUCUUACAGCAAACAGAGAGUCAGAGUAACAGUAUGGAACAGUACUUCAGAGACUGGUUUGCGAAGCCUGUUGAUUUGCACGGUGUAAUUUUACCCCUUAUCUCUGGAACACAAAUAAAACUCUGGAAACUGUGUUACUUCCGCUGGGUUCCUGAGGCCCAGAUUAAUCAUGGUGGCUUCAUCACUGCUUUUCAUAAAGUUUCUUUGCUGGCAGAUGAAGUGGACAUGUUAAACCGGAACCUCCGACAGUACAAAAGCAACUCUUCUUUGCAAGGUAACUGCUCAGAACUGGAUCAAAGCAGAAUGUACUUCAGAGCAAAUGGUUUAAACGACACCACUGGGGCCCCAGACUUUCUCUCCUCCUCUUUCCCGUUUUCACCUGUAGGGAACCUGUGCAGACGGAGCAUUCUGGGAACACCUUUAAGUAAAUUUUUAAGUGGUGCCAAAAUCUGGCUAUCCACUGAGACGCUUGCAAAUGAAGACUAAGAUGAUGUGAUGAUUUAAAGGCUUGGGGAGAACAUAGCAUAUCAUUUUGUCUUUUCUAAUUUAACACUGCUAAAUGCGGCAUUGAAAGCUGUAAUAAUUUUUAUAUACAAAAAUUUCGUAAGUUUUGCACAAAUAUUUAAAAGCAAAGCAAGUCGUGCUUCAAAUCGCACAAUUUUGUCUUCAGUAGUUCUCAUCUACAUGUCUUGUUUGGUUUCUGGUUCCUGAUUCAUUCUAUAUUUUUGGGGUUUGGCUCAUUAUAUACAAUUGAGCAUUUGUAAUGAAUGCUAAUGCUAACUGCAAGGCUUGGUGUAGUCAUUAUUGAGGGUUGUUUGAAAUACCUGUUGUCCCAGACAGUGACUGAAGUGACUUUGUGUCAAACAGACUGACAAAUCAAAGUAGGUAGGCACAGCGGACACAAACUGACAACUGAAAUCUGGGAACAAACUACUUCAUCACAUUUCCUUUUCAGGAAGAAUAUGUGCAGACAUACGUGUGUGCUAAUGUUCUGUGACUUCAUCACCCUACAUACGUGCAUCCAUCGGGGAGUGUUCCCUUUUCUUUCUCUCCCCAAAACACAUCCAUUAGCAAUCAGUCAGAUUUGUGCUCUUUGUCAUGAGCUUGACUUUAGGCUAUAGGAAUCAACUUCAGGACAAUGCACUGUUAACCUUAAAACAUUUACUGUACGUACGGUAUCGUAGUAGCUUUAGAAGUGCCUUUAAUCGGGAGAAAACAGUAGCAGGAUUUACUCUGAUGCAGCUACCCACCCAUCCACCCCAGCCCUUCUAGACUCAACUGUUCCGCUAAGUUCUGGUUCCAUCCUCUGCCUUUCCCUCCUCAUUUCUGGAAUAGCAGAAGGCUGGCUUAGGAGACAGUAGGGUUUUUUUCCCUCUCAAAGUUUAAGCUCAUUUUUAAGUUUCGUAAGAGCCUCAUUUUUUUUCUUUAAGCACCUGAAAUACUCACUAUUAUAUCCCUGUACAGGUCCAGAUCCCUGCCAACCCCUCUCAUCGUUCUGUUUCAGAAUGAAGUAGCUUUCAGCAGAAUUCAUACUUAAGCCCUGAAGGGUUCCAGAAAUGAGGCUAUGCUCUGAGUGGCUAAAUCAACAAGGGGUGCUGGUGCUGUUGUCACUUAUCAACAGGGCUGGAAGAAGAGUGGUUAGCAGUGCCUUCUUUUUUUACGUACUCCUAGCACAUGCAGACAGUGCAAUGGACAAGCACAGAGUGAGGGAAUUAAAUCCAACAGCCUCCCUCUGCCUAAUGCAGCAGCUUCCUCACUGCUCUUAAACCUUUUAAAUGCCACUCACUGUCAGAUGCUGUGUGAAAAAACCCUCAAGUUUCUUAGGGGGAAAAAUGAGAGAGUGAAGUGCACUGGGGCGGAGGGGGAUGGUGGUGUGUCAUUCUCACAGGUUAAGGCAUUGGUGGAGAACAAGAGAAUGCUUCUGUUGAGUACCUUCUUUUAACAGUGAGUCUUCAUUUUAUAUUAACUGAUUUCUGUGUAAAAUGCUGUUAAAGUGAUGCUGAGCCUCUCUUCAAGCACCAGCUCGCAAAUUAAAGCUCUGAAGGCCUUGGAUGAAGCUAUUCUCAAAGCUGACGAUGUUCAUACCCAAUAUAUUGUAGUGAAAAAAAAAAAAAAGGCAGGGGAAUAGGAUUUGGAGCUGUUCAUUUGUCUGUAAAACCAAACACUGGUCUUCAGCACAGCCUGUAUCACAAUAACAAGGGCUUUGGAUGUCUAAGAUUGCUCGUGUAUUACAAGUGCCAACUUUGUGCUAGAAAGUCUGGUGCAUACAGGACCAUAUUUUCCGCAGGCUGAAAAUUAUCCAAACUGCAAAGCUGUUGAACACUGGGUAUGCUGCGUUCUCACACUGUGUUAGGUCUGGUGGGGAUAGGUGGGCAGUUUCAUUUUAAAGGUGAGCUGAUAUAAGAGAGGAGAAAGAAAAUACUUCCUUUUUUUUAACUAACCAAAACCCCAAAACCUGUUGUUAUGCAAAGAAGUGGUGUGUGUGUGUGCACGUGUGUGCACACAUACAUGCAUGUUAUGACAAUGCCAGAUUGUUUCUGGUCAACUGUUUUUGAGGAAAAAACGUGUAUUCACCUCAAUUGCCUAAUUAUGCUGCAAGAUGGUUUGAGCAUGUUAUAUGGGCCACAAACUAGUUCUGUUUAUUUACGAGCUUGUUGAAGCAGUCAACUAACCUGUUCAAUUCGUUAUUCAAAUGUUUGUAUUAGUUUGCUUUUGUAAUUUUUUUAAACUAGCUUACUGCUUUUCCCUGGCCUGAUACUUGACAUAAAAGACCUCAACCUGUGUGCUUAGUGUAUUUUGGUACCAGUUCUUCCUCUCUGUUAAAUUACAGUUAAAAAUAUGCUUUUUUUUUUCCUUAAAGGUAAAACUUCUUUUGGUUUAAAGGUACCAAAAAGGUGUAAAUAAAUUAUUCCACAUAGGAAACUGGUGGAAUAAAAAAAAAAAAAUAAUAACGUUAAGUUAGUACCCUUUAGGGAAAAAUGGGUACUAUAUUUAAACAAGAUUGACUUCUUUGUAAGGAGAUUUCGGAAAUUUUUACAUUUCAGUUCUAAGAUGUGUACAGAUGCUGCAGAUGGUCUUUGUACUUUAUAUUAUAUAUAUAUAUAUAGCAUGGGGGGGGGGGGAGCAUUAAAAAUAUGCCUUUAAAAUAAAACCUUUCUAAAUGCCUAUUUGCCAAACAGACUUGAAAAGUAAUUUCACAAAGUUCAAAAUGGGGAGUUAGGCAGGCGAAGGCUGGGAUGGUGAUAAGCAUGGGGAAGGGUGGGGACCCCCUUAAUACCUGGCUAAGGGGGCGCAGGGAUGAAGGUGGCCUAUCCAUGUGCCCUGAAAAAUACAGACAAGGUUCUGCUUCCUUGUGUUUGCAUGGGCCUUGCCCAUGAACAAACUACUGUGUGCGCACGCCUGUGAAUGCUGUUUCUUCCCCUUAAGUUAAACAGAUUUUGUUUUGUUUUACUUUUUAAACACAGGUACUAGAAGUUAAUUUGAAAAUAUUUCCUACUCUACACAGUUGCCUUAUUGUCAGUAGGGACUGCUCUAAAUGUCUUUAAUAGCUUUCAAAAGCAUUUUUGGGGUGUGAGUACUUAUCUUUAACUUCUGUGUACAAAAUACUGACAUACGAGUGUAUAUAUGUGUGUGUAUAUAUGUACACGUUUUCAAAUUAUAAUUCUGUUCACCGUUUCAACAUACUAAAUGGUUAAUGCCAUUUUGAUGCUACCAGAAUAGAAAAACUACCAAGAAGCUCAUCUUUUUUGUCUGUUUCUAAAAAAAAAGAAAAAAGAAAUGCACUAUUUUGGCUGUUACUGGCUGUUAUUAUCAUGAUUUUUUUUGUAACUACACUGUAAACCAUGCAGGGGGGAAAUAUGAAAUGCUGGUUGAUGUGGUUAAUGUGUACCUCCAGUAUCACUAAUUAUUGCUAGGUAGAGAUUACUGUAGACUUAGUAAUCAUGGUGGUACAACUUUAUUCCCCUUUGACUGCCAUGUAUCGAAGAAAUUCCUUUCAUUCCUGAAAUGCAUUGAAAAGUGUGUGUUUGUGUGUAUCCAGAUACCCAGGCCUGCACAUGUGCUUAAUGUGCACCUGCCUGCAAUACCACUUUGCUAUUAACUGCCUUGUAUUUUUAAUGAAGAUGUAGCAAGCGGGGCAAAGGUUUUGGCUUAUGCUCAGACAGAAACAUUAAAACCAAAAAAUUCUAACCAACAGUUAAGCAAAGGAUGAGAUCUUAAAUUUGCCUCUACCAUAAGAGACAGAAAUCUGUACCUCAAAUUGCGCUAGGCAGUAGGUUUCUAAUGCUGUUGCUGUGAUGGCUUAGAGUUCACUAUUUCAACUGAAACUAAAACCUUUGUGCCUGAUCAUGAUUUAUUGAGUAAAGUAGCAGUGCCAGGAAGAUUAUAAAAUCCUGAUGCUGAAUUGUGAAUGUGAAGUAAAUUAGACUAAAUAAAAGUUCAUACCUUUCCACAGUGAA